UGUCACAGAAAGCUCCAGCGCUGUACUACGGAAAACACUAGACUUCGGCGGGGCCAUUUGGGUAAAACAAUUCAAACCCUAACAAGUUACAACCAUAUCGAUCGUCUCCUUCGACAGAUCGACUUCCAACUCCCCGUCUCGCCUCCUCUGGGAACUCAGAUUAUUCACUUAGAGGUGUGGUUUUCGUAUCCGGAUUAAUUGGGGCUGCUGCUUUCAGGCUACCUCUGUUCUCUUUCUUUCUCAUGGCAAUUGACAGGCUGUUUAAAGAUGAAGCUACUGAAGAGAAAGGGGAGCGUGCUAGAAUGGCAUCCUUCAUUGGUGCUAUGGCAAUUGCCGAUGUUGUGAAGACCACGUUGGGACCAAAAGGGAUGGAUAAAAUCCUACAAUCGACAGGCCGGGGCCGCAGCGUGACUGUUACUAAUGAUGGUGCUACCAUUCUGAAGUCGCUUCAUAUUGACAACCCAGCUGCCAAAGUGCUUGUGGAUAUCUCAAAAGUUCAGGAUGAUGAAGUUGGUGAUGGGACAACAUCAGUUGUUGUUUUAGCUGGAGAGCUUCUUAGGGAGGCUGAAAAGUUGGUUGCAACAAAGAUCCAUCCAAUGACAAUAAUUUCAGGUUAUAGGAUGGCUGCUGAAUGUGCACGUGAUGCUUUGUUGAAGAAGGUCAUGGAUAAUAAAGAGGAUGCAGAGAAAUUUAAAUCCGACUUGAUGAAGAUUGCAAUGACAACUUUGAGUUCUAAAAUACUUUCUCAGGACAAGGAACACUUUGCAAAACUUGCCGUGGAAGCUGUUAUGAGGCUUAAGGGAAGCACAAACUUAGAGUCCAUCCAAAUCAUUAAGAAGCCAGGAGGAUCCUUGACGGAUUCAUUUCUAGAUGAAGGGUUUAUCCUUGACAAGAAGAUAGGCAUUGGCCAACCAAAACGUAUAGAAAAUGCUAAGAUUUUAGUUGCAAACACUGCAAUGGAUACGGACAAAGUAAAGAUCUAUGGAGCACGUGUUCGUGUUGAUUCGAUGUCAAGGGUUGCAGAGAUUGAAGAGGCUGAAAAGGGGAAAAUGAGAGAAAAGGUUCAAAAGAUUAUAGCUCAUGGGAUUAACUGCUUUGUAAAUAGACAGUUGAUUUACAAUUUCCCAGAGGAACUCUUUGCAGAUGCUGGAAUCCUUGCUAUUGAGCAUGCUGAUUUUGAUGGGAUAGAGCGCUUGGGUCUUGUAACUGGUGGUGAAAUCGCUUCAACAUUUGACAAUCCAGAGUCGGUUAAACUUGGCCAUUGCAAGCUCAUUGAAGAAAUUAUGAUUGGUGAAGACAAGUUGAUUCACUUCUCUGGGGUUGAGUUGGGCCAAGCAUGUACCAUAGUAUUAAGAGGCGCAAGCUUUCACGUGCUUGAUGAGGCUGAAAGGUCUCUGCAUGAUGCCUUAUGUGUGCUGUCACAAACAGUCAUUGACAGCAGGGUUUUGCUUGGCGGUGGGUGGCCUGAGAUGGUGAUGGCAAAGGAAGUGGAUGAGCUGGCUCGGAAGACUCCUGGUAAAAAGUCUCAUGCUAUAGAGGCUUUCUCCCGGGCUCUCCAGGCCAUCCCUACAAUCAUUGCAGACAAUGCAGGUUUGGAUAGUGCAGAUUUGGUUGCUCAGCUCCGUGCAGAGCAUCACAAGGAGGGGAGCACUGCUGGCAUUGAUGUCAUCACUGGAGCUGUGGGAGACAUGGAGAAGCUUGGGAUAUCAGAGGCAUUUAAAGUGAAACAAGCUGUGCUGCUGUCUGCAACUGAAGCUACGGAGAUGAUACUCAGAGUUGAUGAAAUUAUUACUUGUGCCCCUAGGAGAAGAGAAGAUAGAAUGUAAUGGUCGGUGCGCAAUCAUGUGGUGUUUAGAAACUUGUUUAUUACGAUUGUAUUAUUAACAAGUGAUUUGGGUUGAAGAGGAUGGCUGGGCGCAUGUGGUAAUUUGGAUCAUUCUAGGGAAUGUGAGGUUUCAUGUUUUUGGGUUUGA